AUGCCCAAGAUUGUUGAUAACUACGUACUCGAAAGAAAGAUCGGAUCAGGUUAAUUUGGUGAUGUAUUCAAGGGAUAUAAUAAGGUUAACAACCAAGAUAUUGCCAUCAAGGUAGUCAAGAGAGAGUUACUCAAAGGAAAAUUUAACGAAUUACUUGAAAACGAAAUUAGAGUUCUUCGUACUUGCAAUAAUGAAAAUAUUAUCAAGCUCUACGACAUUAAGAAGACAGCUAACAAUUUCUAUCUGAUGCUAGAAUAUUGCAAUGAAGGUGAUUUGAUGCAAUACCAAAAAGAAAAAAAGUAUCUCACAGAAGACGAAGCAAUUGAAUUUUUAAUCUAAAUUUUAAAUGCUUUCAAAACUCUUGUUAAGAAUAAAAUUAUGCAUAGAGAUUUUAAAUUAGCUAAUAUUUUAAAGCACAAUGGUAAUAUCAAAAUUGCAGAUUUUGGUUUCGCCAAGUUGCUAGGUAAUGAUAACCUUACCUCAACAAUGUUAGGUUCACCUCUUAAUAUGGCUCCAGAAGUUUUAGAUGGAUAAGAUUACAACAAUAAAGCUGAUAUCUGGUCAAUUGGUACUGUUUUCUAUGAGCUUUUGUUUGGUAGACCUCCUUACACAGCUGGCAACAUGAUUGAUUUAAUUAAAAAUAUCCGUAAUAAGCCAUUAGAAAUUCCUAAAAAGAUAAAUAAAAUUUCAGAUGUCACUGAAGAUAUAAUUCGUAAAAUGCUUGUUGUAGAUCCUCGUAAGAGAAUCGAAUGGGACUAAUUGUUCAGUCAUAAAAUCAACAAUUUCCUUGAAGAUAAGAUUAAGAAUGAUUUAGAAGCAACUUUGAAAGAUGAAGGAUUACUCUCCAUGAAUAUGUCUCGUUUCUACAUUAAAAAUAAUAAAGUUAUUUAACAUCCAAGUGAAAUUGAAAAGAAACAAGAAAUUAAUAAUUAUGCAAUUAACGUAGCAAAAGCAGGCAAAAAUUAAAACAAUUAUUAGGGUGCAAUAAUUAAGCGUUAAACAGAGCGUGUUGAGGAAGUUUAACCAGCUGUUUAAAAUAAUUAGGCUCAAGAAGAAAGCAAAUAAACAGAAGAAGAUGAAAUGUAAACUAAAGAAUCUGUCCGUGAAGCUUAAAUCCGUAUCAAGAAGCGUAAUGCCAACCGUAUUCUCCACGAGCGUAAUAUUUAUGUUUUCCUUGCAUCAGUUGCUGAAGAUGCUAUGAAUAACACUACACUCAAGAGCUCAGAAUUAGUAGGAUUCUUAUUGGUCAAGAAGUUACUUUAACUUGUAGAAUUUUUAGCUGGUAAAAUGAGAAAGAAAGAAAAUGUAUUUAAGCUUGAACUUUGGGAUAUGUUUGUUGAUACUAAAGAUUUUAAUGAUAUUUUCAUGUAUAUUGAAAAAGAACAUGAAGUUUUCCGUCUUUAUUUUAACUCUAUGUUAGACAAAAUCCAAAAUUCCCCAAAAAUUAUUAAUUCUGCUAUAGAUCCAUAAGUCAAGGCUGCAAUAUCCUCUAACAUUAACUAAAACAUUGAUGCUGUUCUUAAAAGUAUGCUUUAAGACUAUUGCCAUGAACUAGUUUAGCAGAUCCUAACUUCAAUUAAAGAUAGCAAAGAUCCUGAACCAUAUCGUCCUCUUAUGAUUCAUGCAGAUCGUAUCCUUGAUUGCCUUCGUCUUGAUUAGGUCUUUUAAUUUGAAGACCUAAAAAAUAAGCAACAGUUUAACUUCAAAUUGUACUAUGAUGAAGACGAUAAAAUGGAUAUUGAUUAGUUAAUGAAUAAAAUUCAAACUAAACUUUUCUCUGCUAUAAAGAAUUGA